AAAGAAAAAGAAAAGAAAAGAAAAAAAUAAAGCUUCGCCUACUUCAUCAAGAGAUAUGAUACAUAACCAGAUUGCAGCAGCAUGUUGUGUUAGCUUAAUUAUGUUCUUCCAAGGGUCCAUCUCCAUGAUCUCAUUCAUAUUGGCUUCAUGGGAACUCCUACUUCUUAUCCUUGCCAACCUCUUCUCCAGAGGCACUGGCAUGAUGCUCGGCCCGAGAUCAAGCAUGGCGGUCGACUCUUGCUAUUGCCUGAGCUGGAGGUUCGCCGUCGAAGCCAACAAUGCCCAAGCCUGGCGCAUGGUCCCCGCCCAGUGCGUGUUCUACGUAGAAAACUACAUGCUUGCAGGCCAAUAUAACAAAGAUCUAGAUAUGGUUAUGGAGCAGAUCUCUACAUACCUCAAUGGAAUAGUAGCGGCCGAUGAUGGCAUGGAUGCUUGGGUUCUUGAUAUUGAUGACACCUGCCUCUCAAAUCUCUGGUACUACGAAGGGAAACGCUUUGGAGGAGAUCCAUGGGAUCCUUCGACCUUUAAGAGCUGGGCUCAGGGAGGGCUUUGUCCAGCUAUUCCUGCAGUGCUCCGGUUGUACAAGAGGCUGAAAAAAGGUGGUUUCAAUGUUUUUCUUCUCACUGGAAGGGAUGAAGAGGCUUUGGGCGCUCCUACAGCUAGGAAUUUGCAUGCUCAGGGGUUUAUUGGAUAUGAGAGGUUGAUUCUGAGAGGUCCAUCAUACAGAGGGCAGAGUGCCGUUGCAUUCAAAUCGGCGAUGAGGAAGCAAUUGGUGGAAGAGGGGUACAGAAUACGUGGGAACGUAGGAGACCAAUGGAGCGAUCUGCAGGGGGAUUGCAAUGGUGAUCGCAUAUUUAAAAUACCUAAUCCCAUGUAUUUCGUCCCAUAAAACCAUAUUAGUCCUACUUCUCUCUGAUAUGGGUGAUAAACUCUAUCAAACUUUCCACACCACUUCACUGUUUAUGAUAAGAUUGGCAUGAUAAAGUUUAUAGAAUAUUUAAU